UAAUCUCUAUACUUUACACAUGCCAAAUCCGAAUGAACAGGUGGGGUUUCUGAAUCGACGGUCACCCCCACGCCACCCCCAAGUGACCCCUCAAGUCACUUGCCAACCCGGCAACAUCCAGUCCCUUUCGAGUAACUACAGGUUGAAUGGUGACGCCAGGUGAAGGUACCCGUCCAUGGGCAACAUAUCCAUCCACUGCAGAGUCGAGUGGACGAGGGGUGACAUUAAUGCCCCGUCUAGGACACCUCGGCACCGAUAUCAGGUUGCUUAACCAUCACAGGUGCCCGGUAUCCCCACGAGUGUGAAGCGUUCAUUUCGUCCGGAUCUCACUCAACACCUCAGCUCCAUCAACAAAACCCCGGCGGCAUCAUGUCCUUGUCAGUGGCGGGAAAGUACGCAGUCAUCACCGGCGCGGGAUCAGGCAUAAACCUCGCCUUUGCAAGAUUACUCUUAGAGAAUGAUUGCUCCGUCAUGAUAGGCGAUCUCGCGCUCCGCCCCGAAGCACAACAGCUCCUCACGCACUACCCUCACUCCCAGCAGCCCAACGGCAACAACACCAACACCAACCGCCCCUCGGCCCUCUUCCAAAAAAAAAAAAAAAAAAAAACUUCCUUCUGGCACCCUCCCAAAACGCCCUCAAACCCGGACAGUGAAUCGAGAGACGCGGCGGACGCGGAGCCGGGGACGUAUGCUGUCCUCGACGUGAACUUGACGCAUCCGACCCGACUGAGCCAGCUUGCGAUCGGGUACUGGACGCAGGAGGGGAGAAGCGGGUGUUUGGUGCACGUGAGCAGUAUCGCGGGCCAUGCGGCGGGGAUCGGGUCGCCGUUGUAUGUUGCUAGUAAGCACGGGUUGCACAGGUUUGUGCGGUGUAUGGCCGGGAUGAGGGAUCGGCUGGGGAUUCGGUGUAGUGAUAUUGCAGACCCCAAUGUGGCUGGAGGACCCGGGGAAGAAGCACAUGACGCAGGGCGAGGGCGUCGAGCUGUUCCUUGAGCCGGAGGAGGUUGGAGGGCUAUGCUUGAGCUUUGCGAGAGUCCGUAGUAUGGCGAUGGGACGAUCUUGGAGGUUUCCAAGGGAGCUACGCGUAUUGUGCCUCUUUUCCGUGCUGAGCCGCCUAGUGGAGUUGGUGUUGUGUUGCCCAGGCUGGCUGAGAAUGCUGAGAAGGUCUGGAAGAAGCUUGAGGGUCCGGGAUUGAAGAUUUAGUAUGCCUCAGAUGAACGGUAGCCAGGAGUUAUAAAUUCAAGAUCGACAUUCAUUUCAUUAUUUACCUCUUCAACGCUUCAUUGAGUCUCGGGAGAUAUGCACAAGACAUUAGUCGAGGGCUUUCUUCAGUGUGUUGUUAUUAUAUCUCUAGUAUCAGGUAAGGGAGGCGAAUGACCGACUACAUGAAUAGGCGUGAACGGACGUCCUUGCCUAGUAACGGCCUAUUCUUC